GUCUAUCAACUACAUAUUAUAAUGUGGGACUAAAAUAAACCAGGGAAAAUGCUUGGGUAAGUUGAAACAUUUCAUGUUAAUAUUUUACAAAACAUCUUUGUUAUGAAACAUAACUUCUUUAUAAUAGACUGCCUACCUCGUCAGCCCAGGGAACCCAACCUGAAAAUAACAGGGUUCAUUCACAGCCGAAUAACAUUUGGCUUGUUACGAAAUGACACUUCAAGGAUUUUCAUUUUAGCAAGGAGCAAUGACAAAUUUUCUUUACAAAUUGGUUUGCAAUGACUUUUCCAACACUUUAGUUAUUUAUUAUGCCAAAAUAAAACUUACAUUUUUGUGCAACUGUAGCCUAAGGUUGCCAGCCUAAAGAUCAUGGCAUAAAUAUUAACAUUUGAAACUUGUUAGGUUUUGAACAACUAUGCGCUUCUGAUUGUUGUUUUUUUGUUUGUUUUGUGGUAGUUUCACUAAUCAUAGUUAGAAAUAUGACGAUAUAUGUUCUGCAUAUAAUCCUGGGAAUUGCUUCCAUUUUUACUUGAAAACCCUGUUGUGCAAAAGUAAACACAGGUUUCAGCCAUAAACUCUUGCCGCCUCCAGUUCUGAAGAAAUGUUAUUUACAUGCAGAAAUUUUGUGUAUACAAGACAAUAAAGGCUUGUUUGCAAAAUGAAAAUUCUGCCUUGCUGCACAUAUUCAAGCAUUUCAGUAAUAUGCUUCAGGUUCACAGUGUGAACAUUCCUUGUUCCUGGAAACAAAACUGUUUUUAUCUCUGCAGAGCAUACCAAAUACUUGCUGUGAGCAUCAUGGAUAAAGGAAUGUCUCAGAGACAGAUUGCAGGAGUACAGAGUGAGGCAUGGUCCCUCCCUCAUGCAAGAGCUGUCCUUGAUGUGGAUUGCAAAUGCUGUCCAUGAAAACGAGAGUUUUUUGGCCACUGGCACUAUGGCGGCGAAAGCCUCAGAGGCCCCGUCCUGGUGGACAGUCUGGUUAAUAUUUUUGCCCUCCAAGGAGAUGUCAUAGUAAAGCAUCAUCUUUAAACAUGACUGACAGAUGCCAAUACUGCCAAUUUUCUGUGACCCAAUGAAAAAUGCAUUUCAUCAAGCCACAGCAUUGAGCUGGCACACAGAGAAAACAUGCCACAUGUGUAGACACAUCCCUUCAUGGCGUCACAAAAUACUGUACCCUAUGGCAAAAAUUUAUUCUAGCAAAUUGGCUGUGAUGACUGUUGAUAUUAUUCUGCAUGGGAAUGUGCAAAGGGGAUCUGUACUGGCUGGUGGCAAUGUUUGACCAGUAAGCUCAAGAAUGCUCAGGGAAUGAGCAUCUUUUUGCUCAAAGUUGAUAUACUGGGGAAGCAGGGAAGCCAAAAGAAUCCCUUUCCCCUGAAAGUUUGAUCUCUUAUGAUCUGUUGAUGAUCAGCAGUCUUUGGCUGCCUUUUCUAAUCCUCUUCUAGUGGGCUGUGCCAGCUGCAAUGUCACAGUGUCAGCUGUGUGUGGACAGGGGUAGGUGUCCUGCCCCAGCAGGGGUGUGACAGCUGUGCCAAGGACUUUGGGGAGGGCGGCGUGAGGUCAGGGCUGAGUUUUGCAUCUGGCUGGCAGGUUUCAUUGGGUCAGACACAGGCACUUAAAUGCAGCUAGUUUGCAGCCGGAGUCAGUCUGAACUGGAAAACGGUGCAAAAGUAUUCAUGGGUGUGGAGCUAAGCUAAGGAAAGUCACUGCUUCAGGACUCUACAUCUAAACACAAAAAUAAUAAUAACAAGCCACAGGAAAGGAGAGGGAAGGAAUACAAUGACUUAAGGAGAGACCCAGCCCUGCUGGAACUUGGCUGAAUAGAUCUAAACCACCAUAUGAGUGCACUGCUCUGCAUGCCUAGGCCUGGGAUUGUAGGGACAUGUGGUUCAGAAAGCCUUAAACUGUUUUUUGCAAUAACCAGGCUAGCCUGAGAGCUAUAGUGUUCUCUUUUUUUUUUUUUUUUUUUCCUCAUUAGCUGUUUUAUUUUAACUGCUUACUGUCACAGAUAACUUAAAUUCAAUGUAUGUACUGUUGCUGUAUCUUAUUGCAGAGUAUGUAUUUCUGUGGGCUUUGAGGUUUUGCUAAGUUGGAAAUUCAGUGCUCAGGUAAGAGAGCAUCCUUCUCUUAUGUUUAGUUUUAAACCUGCCAUUGGCCAGUAUAGAACUAAGUGACUCAAACACAAUACUUCCCCCUGCUAUAUUGGCAAAGGUAUUUUUUCCUAUUAAUUUGACCACAGGAUUCAGCUUCCUACCAUAAGAAAAUGGGAGGGGAGUAACUGGUUCUAAGAAACCAGUCAGAGGUGGGGCUCUGAGUCAGUUUAUAAAAUAGUUGCUCACCUGCAUCUGAGACAUUUGAACUAUUGGUGUCUGCGGCAGCUGGGAGAUGUGAGAUUGCAUUGCCGCAGAUAACACUGGACGUGUGUGUGAGCGCAGCCACCAUGGACCAAGAUGGCAUUUUGUCUCAGGUAAGAAGGGUGCAGAGCAAAGCAAGGCAUCUGGGAUCUCAAAUGGUUGUACUGCAUGUAGUGCAAAGAUGAUACAACUUUCUUGACUACCAUUGACUAUAAUGACUCUAUGCAGGAUGAAGAAAGUGAAGGCUUCAAGAUCUCAAUAUUGAAACUUUAAAAGUUAUAGUAAACUACAGGAAGAAAAUGAAAACUAUUUGGGGAGUAGGAGCUUAUUUACAAGGGGGCAUUUUGAAUAUUUAGGGGGUUUUAUUAUUUGAGACACAUCAUAUAUGGAACUUCAGAAUAAGUAUUUAAUAACACGGACAUGUACUUCAAGGUGAAAGAUUAAUGACAGGGUGUGUUUAUGGGAGACAGGUUUGCUGUUCCUUUAACAGCCAGGGCCAGGAGCUCUUCCCCUCCCCGUGUGUCAUGAAGGGCGGACCUUACCUGGCUGCUACGCCUCUGCUCAGGCUUAGUGGGGCAAGCACAGCCCAGGCAGUGGCACCAGGCACCGCAGGAAACCCCAGCUCCUGCCAGGGCUCUACAGCCAGCACUGGCUAUGGGCUCCCUGUCCCUGUGGCUCUGAAGUUCUCUAUUCCCAAGGAGGAUUGCCUUUAAGAGAAAUGAUGGUUUUCCCAGGGAUAACGUUGGCCCUUCUUGUUCCAGGAGCUGAUCACUCAAACCUCUCAACAAGGAGACGGAACUAUGCAGCUGAAUCCUGAUGGGAAACAGUGGACUUCUCUUGCAAAGACAGAAUCCUCUCUAUGUUACUUACUCACUGUAAGAGUCAUAAGAGCAAGAAAUAUCCACCAGGCAGAUGUCUUGAGCCAUACUGACUGCUACGUGAGCCUGUGGCUGCCAACAGCUUCAAAUGACAAAUUUCAGACUAAAGCCAUCAGUAAUUGCAAAGAUCCAGUCUGGAAUGAAACCUUCUACUUCAGGAUCCAGAGUCAGGUCAAGAAUGUGCUGGAGCUGGCACUCUAUGAUAAGGACGUGGUUACUCAGGAUGACCACCUCUUCACAGUGUACUUUGACAUAGCCAAACUUUCCCUGGGAGAGGAAGUCUUCAUGCACUUCAAGUGCGAUUCUCAGAGACAAGAGGAGUUGGAGGUGGGAUUUGCCUUGGAUAAUAUUUCAGGCCCUCCUGAAACCAUCAUUACUAAUGGAGUGCUAGUGUCUCGCAAAAUCUGCUGCUUAGAAGUUCAAGUGGUUGAGAAAAAGAAGAAAAAAGAGAAGAAAUCAAAAAAAGAAUUUUCCUUUAAAGUACAAGGCUCUUAUGAAGGCACCCAGGACAUUGUGCUGGGAUCUAAUCUGCUCUUCAGCUCCUCCUCUCCUGCCAAAUUCCACUAUGCCAGAUACAAGCAGCCAACUCUGGAUGUUACACUACCAGAGAAGAAACGAUCUCCCUCCUCACACUCACGUGUAUGUGAUACAGGCUCUCCAAAUGUGGAACUUCAUUCCAUUCCAAGUGGAAAAAACAUGAUCUUAGCAGAGGAUAAAAGAUUCGAUUUGUACAUGAAGGCAGAAGACUGCCCAGACCGCCUUGAUGUGCGUUUAGGAUUUGACCUCUGCAUACAGGAGCAAGACUUUCUCUGCAAAAGGAAGAAUUAUGUUAUUCCUGCUCUGAGGAAGGUUUUGCAGCUGGAACAGGAUCUGCUGGACCAUGAGACCCCAGUGGUGGCUGUCAUGACCACGGGAGGAGGGAUGAGAUCCUUGACUGCACUCUAUGGCAGCCUGAGGGGGCUCAAGAAGCUCGGUGUCUUGGACUGUGCCACCUACCUGACGGGCUUGUCUGGUACUACAUGGACCAUGUCAAACUUGUACAGAGAUGCUGACUGGUCACAAAAGGAUCUCGACGAGCAAAUCAGUGAGGCUCGAAAACAUAUGACAAAAUGCAAAAUAAAUUCCUUUUCCUUUGAAUAUUUGAAGUAUUACAAAAAGCAGCUGUGCCAACGGAAAAGAGAGGGCCGCAAAACGUCUUUUAUAGAUCUCUGGGGCCUUGUCCUGGAAUCUUUUUUGCAUGAUGGGAAAGACAACCACAGACUCUCUGAUCAGCAACGAGCCAUUGAUCGUGGUCAGAACCCACUUCCUAUCUACACUGCAGUCAAUGUCAAGAACAACUACAGCACUCUGGAUUUCAAAGAAUGGGUGGAGUUCACCCCAUAUGAGGUGGGAUUGCAAAAAUACGGAGUUUUUGUUCGCACUGAGGAUUUUGGCAGUGAGUUCUUCAUGGGACGAUUGAUGAAGAAGGUCCCUGAAUCCAGGAUCUGCUUCUUGGAAGGCAUGUGGAGUAGUUUAUUUUCAUUCAAUGUGUUAUAUAUCUGGAAUUUGUCCCAUUCAUCAGAAGAUUUCUGGCACAGGUGGACCCGGGACCAAAUUGACAAUAUAGAGGAGGAGCCCCCGCUGCCCGUGCGGCCGCAGGAGCUGCGGACGCGGCUGCGGACGCCGGCCGGGCCCCUGGGCAGCGCGCUGCGCGCCGUGCUCACCGACCGCGCCUGCAUCGCCCAGGAGCACAGCUUCCUCAGGGGCCUCCAGAUGCACAGCGACUACCUGGAGAACCCGCGCUUCUGCAGGUGGAAAGAUACUGUGUUAGACACAUUUCCCAAUCAGCUGACACCAUCAGAUGAAUUCCUGUCUCUGGUAGAUACUGGAUUUUUCAUCAAUACAAGCAUCAUGCCACUUUUAAAACCAGAGAGAAAGGUGGAUGUCAUCCUGCAUUUAAAUUACAGUGCAGGCUCCCAGAUACAGCCUUUGGACCAGACCUGCAAGUACUGCUCUGAGCAGGGAAUUGUUUUUCCCAGGGUAGAUGUGAGCGAAGAAGACAGGAAAAAGCUGAAGGAGUGUUACCUCUUUGAUGGAUCUGAGACUCCAGGAGCACCAGUACUGCUAUUUUUCCCACUAGUUAAUGAUACCUUCCAAAAAUACAAAGCACCAGGCCAGAGGCGCUCAGAGUCAGAGAUGGAGGAUGGCAACGUUGAUCUCUACGGCCGCUGUUCCCCGUACUCAACAUAUUCCCUGCAGUACACUGAGAAGGAGUAUGACCGCCUGGUGCAGCUGGCUGAGUACAACAUCCUCAAUAACCAACACCUCAUCAUACGGGCCUUGCGCACGGCCGUGGCGCGGAAAAGGCAGAUAAAGGAAUAACGUCAGACAAGAGAGGGUGCUUUUGAGUCCCUUACCAGAGACUGAAGGUCCCUUACAAUUAGCCAGCAGGCUUCAAAGCAUUCCUGCUCAAUCCCACUAAAUGGUAGUCUCAGGUGAACAAAAAAGACUGAAGAAGAACUUUUUCUCCGAAGAAUUUCACUGCAGCAAAUCAUUGCAAUUCAGUUGCAACGAUGGAGCAUGAAUUGUUGUAUGGUACAGAGGAUGGGCAGCCACAAAGAGGAAGAAGGUGCUAAAAUGAUAAUAAACAUGGUGCUCGUUGCCCUGAGAAAGAGCUUUAAGUUUAAGCCUGUCAUCUUCAGGGCACACCACAUUAAAAGCAUAUUUUAUUAA